GCUAUCGAUUGCCAGCAACAGCUACAUGUAUUAACGCAGCCCCAUAUUCAGACCCCAGUCCUAAGUCCAAUCCACCAAUCUGUUAAGGCUGCAGAGCCCAAGCGCAUUUUUCGUAUAUGGGAAAAAGGGACCGCCUCCUUUUGUAUGCGAGGUGGGAAAGAACAACUCUUCAAUAAAUAAAUCGAUUUCCUUCCGACCGCUUUUUACAGCGCAACAAUAUACAGUAAAUAAUCCCGCAGAGAUAAUUAAUUCACCUUUCUCUCUUUUUCAGUCUUAAAGGAGAGCAUCCUUGAGUUCCUACCGACCCGACUUCUAACUUACGGUUUUCUUGUCCGUAGCAUCUUGUAGCUCCACGACUCUCAACUGAUAAAUUGGGUCGACUCUUUUCCGACAACUAUUGACCACCACCGCCAACAAAUAACAUAACGACAAACAGAAAUUCGACGCGAACAUGGCACAGACUGGAGGAGCAGGUGGUUACAACAACCCGUUGAAGAAAUUCAAGUUGGUGUUUCUCGGCGAACAAAGCGUCGGGAAAACAUCCUUGAUAACGCGGUUCAUGUACGACUCCUUCGAUAAUAUGUACCAAGCUACGAUCGGUAUCGACUUUCUGUCUAAGACAAUGUACCUUGAGGACCGAACGGUGCGACUACAAUUAUGGGAUACAGCAGGUCAAGAGCGAUUCAGGAGUCUGAUUCCCUCAUACAUCCGAGAUUCGAGCGUUGCGGUAGUUGUCUACGAUAUUUCCAAUGCGAAGUCGUUCCAAAAUACUAAGAAAUGGAUCGAUGACGUACGCGCGGAACGAGGCAACGAUGUGAUCAUCGUGCUCGUAGGGAACAAGACGGAUUUGAAUGACAAGCGAGAAGUCACCACGGCGCAAGGUGAAGAGGAAGCCAAGAAGAACAACCUGAUGUUUGUCGAGACGAGUGCGAAGCUCGGUCACAACGUAAAGAAUCUGUUCAGGAGGAUAGCACAGGCUCUUCCCGGUAUGGAGGGGACGGAUGCUGCGGCACAGGCUUCAUCACAGAUGAUCGAUGUAAAGACAAACCCACAAACCUCUCAGCAAGAAGGGUGCGCGUGCUAGUAACGUGCUCGUAGCAGAGGAGAAGCGUCGGCCUUGCAAGGGAAAAGACAGGGACAAGCAGGAUAUUUCCGUGCAUAGCGAAUGAAUCAACAAGAGAUGUUGUAUAAUACGAAUCAUCCUACGAAGCAAAGUAACGAGAAGAAGAUUAGCAGAACCAUUACCGGUAUGACGUUUAGUAUAUG